GAACGGCCUCGUCUUUUUACCGUUGUCGGGGAUUGGCGGUACAUCCCUGUCGGUUCGUCGGGCGGCCCCACGCAAGUGCCAUGCCGGGCAUCGAACGAUUUCGGGCGGGUCAUGGAGGUGUCGUAGCGUUACCGCGGGCUGCCGAACGGUCGGAAACACAAAUUUCUUUAAGUGUGGCGUGUACGGUGGCUGCAGCAAUUUCGUACGUUGUCGUCUUCCCUCGUGCAACGUGUGUCUCCGGUUGCCGCGAUCGCGACAGCCAAGUGCGUCCCCUCUCCUUCAUGGCUGACCUGUGCCGCAGGCUGCCUUUGUUGCUGCUUGCCGCUGUACUGCUGCUUGCCGUUGUCGUCUUUCAUAUCUGCAUCCUCGGUCGCGUCCCUGGGAGGAAUCACAGGCGGCGAACGACGAAGACGACCGGGAAGAUGGAGAAGGUGCAGACGAAGAGGACGAUGUCUGUAGGGGCUGGAGGGUGGUCACGUCAGCGUUGCAGCUCUGCGGAAGGCGGCAGGCGCCCGUACGACCCGACGCUGUACAGCCACCUGCCGUCCCACGAGAUUCCAUUGCCUCCGAGUGACCAUGACAGCGACAAGCCCCGAUCAUCAACGGUUCCUCUGGGCAGCGGUUCGACGCAGGAUUGGAUGGGGAGCCAGCUGUACAGACAGCCCUCGACGCCGACGUACACUAAUCUGCUGGAGAGGCGGACCCCGGUUGGUUAUGACGGAGGGCUCGUAGACCUCGGCUUCGGCUUGAGGUCUGGGAGUGGCCAGGACGUUACGCACACUGUUCUCGUGAACCCGGGUUCUGCCAGCAACCACACAACGCCUUCGGUGGGGCCGUGUGGCCUUCCUGACACCCGCGGUCGGGGUUCUGGUCAGUCGGGCGACGAACGUGGACUCGUUUCGCAAGGGCGGGCGGCAGUGGGCACAGCAGGUGUUCGCGCGGAGGGGACGAGGACAGGUGGAUCGACAAUGCCAGGCGACGCAGUCCACCGAGGAGGGGAUGACGGUGACGGCUGCGCUGCGGAGGUCGCGGGGCGAGAGGUUUAGGAUGAUUACCGGCGACAAUCGCGUCAACCUAGCACGUCC